AGAAUCUUAUCUUGUCAGUGUCAAGUUGUUUACUGGAAGGUCAGUGUUUAUUUUAUCGAUUAGGUGCUUGAAUAUCACUCUUGGGCAACUUAUACCGUGGAUAUUUAGAUAAAGAAAACAUAAAAUGGCUUCUUGGGCAAGUCAUGGAGCAGCACACGGUGGGACAGCGCCUGUCGGAGCCCCUGCUGGAGUGCCUGUUGACCUCGAAAAGAAAGAGGCUUAUUACUUACGUAUGCAUUUGCUAAUAGUAAAAGAGGUAACGACCUUGUUAAGGGCACGAUUUGACCUGGCUGUGCCACAUCAACUUCAUGCAACGUUACAAAAUUCUAAUAGUAUGACCACCUUAAAUUAUGCAAAGAUAAAUAAUCUUAUUAAUAAAACGCAGUGGGGUCUUUUAUUUCCGCAAUACCAUCAACCGUCUUCGGACACCUUUGACGUUACUCUCCUAGCUUGUCUACUUAGAAAUAUAUGUGGACUUAAGUCAAAGUCGAGAUGGUGGAGUGAAACUGUCAACAGCAAUAUUCCUGAUAAUGUUGUUACUGAGGAAGCUGACAUAGCUCGAUUGAGGAACUUAAGAAAUUAUAUGCUGCACAAACAAGUUGCUUCUUUAGAGCAGAGUGAAUUUGAAGAUUUGUGGGACCUAGCAGAAAAGCAAAUACAGAAUUAUUUCUUCGAGACUAUCUAGACGAUCGUCAAUAUGUUGAAACUGCUGCCUACCAGAAAGCAAUGCUAAUUUUAAAAGAUAAACAUAUAGUAAUACUAACUGGACAUCCAGGUGAAGGUAAAACUACCAUGGCUGCAAGACUUGCUUUACAUGUAAGUCAAUCCGCACGUAACUGCCUUAAACUUGCAGCGCCAUCUGAUUGGAGAAUAAUUGAUUUGUCAUUAAAACUUUUUGAUACAAUUAUCAUAGAUGACAUAUUUGGUGCUGGAGCAAUGGAUCAGAAGUUGGUCGGUGACUGGCAAAAUCAUCUGAAUGAAAUAGUGAGAGCAGCAAAGAAAAAAGCUGUGAGAGUGAUAAUAACGUCCAGACAUUAUAUUUAUGAGGAAUCUAAAGAGGAGAUUGGUUAUGUGCCAAUGUUCGAGAACGAUAAUGAAGCUCUUCUGCUGCUUACAUCUAUUGAGCUUUCAUCCGACGAAAAAACCAAAAUUCUAAAAAUGCAAGCGGAAAAAAAUGAACAAAUUCUGGUAGACAAAACAAUACAAGAAUGUGUUGAAGCUUCUAAAGGGCCGACAGAAGAAGUAAAAGAUUUUUUGUUCGGAUUCCCAGAAUGUGCAUCUAUGUUUGUCAGAAACAAAACUAUGCUCGACGAAGGUGCAUCAUUUUUUAAGAAACCGGCACAGUUCUUUAAAAAAUAUUUAGAAAACUUGUAUAGAGGCAAGGAACAAGAAAAAUUUUUAGCACUUGUAACUGUAUGGGCCAGUGAUGAUAAAAAGGUCUCGCAAAAGGACUUGAGGAAUACAGAAAGUGCAUCGGACCAUGUCAAGAAGGUAGCAAAAAUAUUUGGCCAUAAUUUUAGCCCAGACUUUCUUCACAAAAUGCUAUUGUCAUUAGAUUCUCACGUGGGAGGAUAUCUAGUUUUUAUAGAGGCGACUAAAGAAUAUACUUUCAGUCAUAAUGUCAUUGCAGAUAUGGUUGGUUUGGUCAUUGGUAGGAAAAAACCAGAAGAAGCUGUAGAAAUUUGUCCACGAGAUUUUCUCAUGGAGUUUGUGUCGAUUGGAGAAGGCAUGCGAGAUGAUUUUAAAGUAUGCUUAAUGGACAACGAAAUUGAUUGUCUUAUAGUUAAAUGUGUUAAAAUGCUUUUGCGAGACAACUUUAAAAAAUAUGUUAAAGAAAUCAAACUAUAUGACUUUCAAAAAUUUUCCAGGAUCGGGCAGAAUUAUAAUUACAUUUACAUUAUUCGCAUGAUUGAUUUUAGUAUCAUUCAACACAAAGCUUUUAGCUCUGAGAGAUUUGUAAAAAAGUUCAUAGACUAUAUCAUUGAAGAAAAUCUCGUACAAAAAUGUUUCUCUGUACCUGUCAUUUUAAUGAUGGGGCAUUUCCUUGACUAUGGGACAUCUAUGGAACAACUUGAUAUAUGUCUGAUGGGAUAUGCCUGGUAUAUUGGGGCAACAAUAUUUGCAAAGGAAGUUAUAACACGACGGAUACUCGGAGAAGAUAACGUCGACUUGGCUGUUUACUUAUUGUUGGCUGUUCACUCAAGACAAAAAGAUUCAGUAGAAUUUCUCCUUCGCCAUGGAGCAAAGGUAACUGCCGAUGCGAUAUAUAUCGCUUCUCAUAAAAGCAUAGAGCUUCUUGAAAUAUUACUUCAACGAACAAACGUCAAUUACAGAAGAAAUGCAAUCAAUGGUAAUUUUCCUUUAAUUGUAGCAGCAGGGGAAGGUCUAACUGAAGCAGUGAAAUGUAUGCUUAACACGGGUGCUGAUGUCAGAGUACAGAAUAAAGCACACAUGACGGCAUUACAUAAAGCAAUAGAACGCAAACAUAAAAAUGUGAGCAAGCUAUUGAUAGAUGCUGGAGCACCACUUAAUAUCAAAGGGGGUAAAUUAAACAAAACACCAUUGCAUUUAGCUGUUGAUAUGAAUGAAAUAGAACUUGUGGAAGUUCUAAUUGAAAAAGGUGCUUCUUUGAUUGUUAGAGACCAUAAAGGACACUUACCAAUACAUAAUGCUGCUAUAACAGGAAGAACUGAUAUUCUACGGGCACUUUACCUUGCGGAUCCGAGCCAGAACAAACUACUUAUUCCCUACUGUGGCUUUGAUUAUUCUAAUAUGAGCGGACUUUCAUUAUUUCAUAUUGCCGUUUUGAAAAAUAAUGAAGAGCUUCUAGAUACUUUGAUAGGACUAAAUGCUGAUCCAAAUGUAAACAAUUUCUAUGAUCAGACGCCUUUGUACUUUGCAAUUAUAAAAACAAGGGAAAAAUUGAUUAAUAAAUUAUUAAACUAUGGACAAACCGAUAAACGAAAAUCACAAAACGAAGGUUUUACACCUUUACAUGCUGCUAUUUUCAAAGAUUUAGGUGACAUUGCAAAACGUUUGGCUUUAGAUGCCAAUGUAAAUGCAAAAGACAAAUACGGGAAAACGGCACUUCAUGUAGCAUGUGAAAAGGUAAAUGUUGAGUUAAUAAAGUAUCUUCUGGAAAAAGGAGCAAAUCCAAGAUUAAUCACGAUGCAAGGUAAAAAUGUGUAUCAUAUCUUGAGAAGUAGUGAGAAAUUGUGUGCAGGAAGAUCUAACGAUGUUAAAUGUGCUGAGCAGGUCAUUCAUAAAUUUAACCGGAAGUUCGUUGCCAAGUUGUCGACAGAAAGAAAUAAUUACCUUGAAGUAUUAGCUUUUAUAGAAGAUGAUGUUAAUUACUCAGUAGCGUGUGCUUCCAUAGAAGAUAAGUUUGUAAAUCCAAGGAAACAGAAAAGAUGAAAAUAGGAUAUGUAUCGAAAUUAAUUAAAGAAACGAAAUUGAAAAUCAUUGAAAGAAGCCGUGUCUGUUGUUUAGUCGUAUGUGAGGAGAUAACGAAUCAAAUGAACAAAUAUCUACAAAUGUGUGACUUAAUUCUUUCAUGUUAUACAUGCUUAUGAAUAAAGAUAGUUAUAUACUGACAAUAACAUGUUUCUUCAUACUUAACUUAUUAAAAAAAUUUAUACAUGUAUAUUAAGCUGGAAUUGCAUGUUUAAGCUAGAUGCUAGAGUAAAUGCAUGUCAUAACUUGAUGUGGAAAUGUGUUUUAACUUUAAUUGAAAACUAUGUGUAUUCUAAAUACAAACAGGCAAUACUUAUUCAUAAUUCACAUAGACAUGAAUAUGAUGAAAAUAAUUUGAUUCGUAUGUAUGAUCUUUAAAGUAAAGAGUUGUGUAUAGUUUUUUUUUAUUGUGUUCCGUUUCUGUUAACGACAUUUGAAUUAAAUCAAAGAAACCAAUAAAGUUUACUAGUUUCAAAAAUAAUGUAGCAUUGCAAUCCUCUUACAAUUCAAUUAUUGAGAAUGUUUCUUUACAGGUCAAGUCUCAAACACACAUUUCCAAUGCAAAUUAAAAAGGUAUAGCUCAAAACGAAUAUGUUCAAACAUUUAUUUCUUUUAAAAUGUUUAUCUUGU